CCCCAAUUUUUCUCUCUCUCUCUCUGUUAUUCCUCGGAUCCCCCCCUUCCGCCAAACACCUCUCCGUCGCUCCCUCCUCCCCUCCACCAGCCAUGAUGGCCACCCUCACAGCCACUGCCGCCGUCGCCUCCUCCUCCGUCGCCAUCCGCCCGUUCCGCUCCCACAAGCCCUCCCGCGCGCCCGCCGGGAUCAGGUGCUCCGUCGCCGAGGGCCCCGCGAUCUCCCAGCCGAGGGCCGCCGGCGGGGGACUGGUUGAUUGCGUGGUGGUCGGGGGCGGGAUCAACGGGCUUUGCAUCGCCUAGACGCUCACCACGAAGCACCGCGACAGAGCCCCCGACGUGGUCGUCACCGAGGCCAGGGACCGCGUCGGCGGCAACAUCACCACCGUCGAGAGGGACGGCUACCUGUGGGAGGAGGGCCUCAAUAGUUUCCAGCCAUUCCGAGAUUGGUACGUUCCCAUUCCGAGAUUAAUACGUUCCGUCGGUCCCAUUCCGAGAUUUGUACGUUCCGUCUACUCUGAUUUUGUGACCUUCUUAUUGAAGUUCUCGAGUAUGUUCGUGUGUCAACUGAUAGAUAUAUCGUCGGAUUAUUGUAAUGGUUGUCGUUGCUCUUGUUUCGUUAGAAUUGGGUAUAGUCUUGAUCGAGAAAUGGAGAUGAUGUUUGUGAGUUUAUAGGGUAAAUGGGUCAGGAUAGGGUGCUUUGCAAGUGUUUGAUGAAUGACCCAGUUCUCCAAUUUGAGAAUAGACGUGCAAUUUUGGACCUUUUUUUAUGCUGUUGUGAAUAGCGGGGCGAGGCUCGAAUCGGCGUGAGUUCUUUCUUGGGUGUUCUUCCUUUUUUUUUUUUCUGGGGAAAAGGAAGAAAAUGGAGAGGACAAAGCAAUCGUUGGAUAGAUGCUCAAGAACACUCAGACUUCACUUGCAGAAGGUAGUGCUUCAUGUGUUAAUUUUUGUGAAGCUUUCGUUGGAUAGAUGCUUGCGACCUUUUUUAGCCAGGUUAUGGCUGCUAUUGGAGGAAAUACUGCAGGUCCAGGGGAUGCUGUUGUCAAUGUUUACAUAAACCAUGAAAAGAAGUUUGCUUUUGUGGAAAUGAGAUAUGUUGAGGAGGCAAGCAAUGCAAUGGCCUUAGAUGGCAUUAUCUUUGAGGGAGCGCCUGUGAAGGUGAGGAGGUCCAUUGAUUACAACCCCUCCCUUGCAGCAACUCUUGGUCCUAGCCAACCUAAUCCUAACCUAAAUCUUGGUGCGGUUGGUUUAACCCCGGGUUCUGCUGGUGGGCUUGAAGGUCCUGACCGCAUUUUUGUGGGUGGAUUACCAUAUUACUUUACAGAAGUGCAAGUGAGGGAGCUGCUGGAAUCUUUUGGUCCUCUUAGGGGUUUUGAUCUAGUGAAAGACAGGGAGACUGGAAAUUCCAAAGGCUAUGCUUUUUGCAUUUAUCAAGAUCUCUCAGUCACGGAUAUAGCUUGUGCAGCUCUCGAUGGCAUUAAAAUGGGCGACAAGACUCUCACUGUUAGGCGUGCUAACCAGGGUGCAAACCAACCAAAACCUGAACAGGAGAGUGUUUUGUUGCAUGCACAGCAGCAGAUAGCUCUGCAGAAGCUUAUGUAUCAACUUGGUGCACUUGCUACUAAAGUGGUAUGUCUAACACAAGUAGUUACUGAGGAUGAGCUUAAAGAUGAUGGGGAGUAUGAAGAUAUAUUGGAGGAUAUGAGACAAGAAGGCGGAAAAUUUGGUAAUUUGGUGAAUGUGGCCAUACCUCGUCCCAGACCAGAUGGAGAACCUUCCGCAGGUGUUGGAAAGAAAAUGCUCUGCAUGGAUCCUAGAAGAAGCAAGAUGCUCUGCAAGAACUUCACGAUCUUAUUACCUCGAAGAGAUCCCGAGCAUGGCAAAAUACCCUUGAGAGGAUUAUGUUCAAGUACAUUGAGCUAUGUGUUGAUAUGCGGAGGGGGAGAUUUGCCAAGGAUGUUUAAGUACAUUGAGCUAAUGUUCAAGUACAUGAAAAAUGUAGAUGAAUGUAUUCAUUUUCAUAUUAUUAUAAUAGUUUGAUGACAUUGAGCUAUAUGUUCAAGUACAUGGAAAAUGUAGCUGAAUAUAUUUCAUUUUCAUAUUA